AUGCCUCCUAGUAAAGCACAAGAAGUGCUGGAACGGCAGCGGCGACUGGCAGCAGCCAUGAAGCAAAAGAAACUCAAGCAAGAACAAGAGCAAAAGGUUGCGGAAGCCAAGGCAAAAGCGGCAAAAAUCAAGAAAAACGCUCCUCCACCUCCUCCCAAACCGGCUGCUGCUCCAAUGAAGCGUCCAUCGUCUCACAAACCAGCCACAUUGAAGAGACCCAGCACGAACCGAGGAACCACUAGUAUUAGUGGUCCAUUACUCAAAAAGCCAGCCACUGCGUCGGCCGUGUUGGCAGCGGCACGAGCGCGUCAGAGCAGUACUAGUACUUCCAAUAAUGACACUACUACUUCCUCAUCCAAAGGCCGCAAAACACUCAUGGGUGCCACUUCGUCGGCCACCACGACGGGGACUACUGAAUCGGCCGCGUCCGUGGCAUCACUGCCCAAAUUGACCAAGAAAGCCAACAAGGGGCCGAUUGUGGAAGCAGACAAAUCAGAAGCAUCAGACGAACCUGUCAAUACUACCAAAACAAUCCCCAAUAUAUUUCUCAAUGCCCGUCACUAUGUCGCGGCAUGGGCACCACUCUGUUUGGCCGAAACACGAGCACAAGUGCUCAGUGAAUGGCUCAAUGAUUUGGGAUCGGGACGCGUCCAACGAUCGGGAGCACAAGUGACGGCCGUCAUGACGGACAAUCGAGGACCCGUCGGGCGACAACGCGGACCGUCCAUGAUUCAUCCUCGCAAUGACCCUUACGCGCACAAUAACAUGAGAUUGGAACCGGAAGAUUCCGUCUGUCUCAAACUCUCUGCGCAACAACGGGGGAGUGGUGGUGGUGGUGGUGGUGGUGGCGACUUGUCCUUUGUCACCAAUGAUAUUGUCCUUCUGGUUCCCAUGUCCCAUAAGGAUUUGGUAAUUGGUGUGUUGAAUGGAAAAUACAAACCCAAUCCAGACGAAGCAUUGUCCGAUAAUCCAUUCAAAAAGUGGGGCGUCGUCGUGGGACAUACCAAAUGCAGUCGCAAAACACCACAUGAUUUGAUUGUCGAAGUCAGCAAACGAAAAUGGGCCGUCGUGCCUACACAGGGUGGAAAGAGAGGGGAAGAAGCCGAUUUGUGGUUGUUCAAAGUGGGAAGCAAUGUCACGGCAUUACGAGAAUUCACGGCGUUGUGCAAAAUGGAUCAGUUACCAUUGAAACGAUUCUUACUCGGACAACAUUUGGAUCCACACUCACAACAGCAACAACCACAUUCCACCACGACGCAAUUGCACAAACUCAAUAGCAAAACCGAAAUGCUCGAAAAAAUGGGAGGAAGUCAAGCAUUGGGACCAGGAUUCACGUCGUAUGCCGAAAAAAAGUUCAAUCCAUCGCAGCUGAAAGCCAUUGUUGCGUCCGCUCAUGAAUACGGAGAAGGAGGAUUCACUCUCAUCAAGGGGCCACCAGGAACUGGAAAAACAACCACUUUGGUGGCAGUCCUGAAUUCACUGCACAUUCGACAAUACAACAAAUACUACGAUCAAGUACGGCUCAUUGCCAGGGAAAAGAAAAAUCGACAAUUCGCACUCGAGUUGGCUCGGAAAUCCAAACCAAGGCUGUUGGUAUGCGCUCCUUCCAAUGCUGCAGUCGACAAUGUCAUUCUCAAAAUCAUGGAAGACGGCUUUGUGGAUGGACAAGGGAAACGAUACAAUCCCAGCAUGAUUCGUAUUGGUGUGGGCCAAUCGGGAGAAAUCAGACGCGCAGUCAGUCUGGAGCAAAAGGUCGAUGCCAUUUUUAGUCAAUACCAAGAUUUGACCAAGCUAGAAUCCACCAUUGAGCGACACAAGAACGAAUUGGUUAAUUUGAACAAUGAAAUCACCAAGUGCCGGCGGCGGAUUCACGCGAUUGAGGGAGCUUGCCCGUGGCCCUUGUCCAAGGAUUGGGAGAUUCGUGUCGAUGAAGUAAACUUUGACGCUGAUUUUGCUCAAGGUGGAGGCAGAGUUUAUUUUGUCAAUCACCGAGAAAAAGCGACAACCUUUGAAGUACCACCCCCACCGGAACCGGGAGAGAAUCAGUACAAGGCAACCGCCAUGCCAGAAUACCGGGCUCUUAUGGCAUCGGUUGUCAAGCUAGUGGAGCAAUGCUUUACCAUCAAAACACAGCUAGAACGUUGCACCAUUGUGAAGGGAUCCAUCGACAGAGGUGCCAACCAUAUGGAAGUCCGAUCAACGUUGGAGCUGCAUGUGCUCAAUAGUGUUCAUAUGAUCAUGACAACUCUCGGUACGGCUGGAAGUCGAACACUGGAGGGAGUUGACAAGUUCGAGGUUGUCGUUGUCGAUGAGGCAGCCCAAAGUGUUGAGCCAGCGACCUUGGCUGCGUUUCAAUUGGGCAGUCGACACUGCGUGUUGGUGGGUGAUCCUCAACAGCUACCAGCCACUAUCUUCAAUGUCAGCGGGAAGACAACCAAGUACGACCGAAGCUUGUUCCAGCGGUUGGAAGAAGCACGACAACCAGUCUACAUGCUCGAUGAACAGUAUCGGAUGCAUCCCCAAAUCAGUCACUUUCCUCGACACAUCUUUUACGGCGGUAAUCUGCGCGAUGGUCCGAACGUGACAAAACCGGACUUUGGAAAUCCUCUACGAGAGACUCUAUCACAUCAAUUGCCGCUGGUGCAACCGUUCACAGUUCUGGAUUUGGACUCGCAGGAGGAACGAGGUGGUACGAGUCUGGCGAACUCUUCCGAGGCCCACCUGGCGGUUCACCUCUACCAAUCGCUCAACGAAUUGAGCGGAGGCUUGGUCCAAAAAACAAAAGUUGCAAUCAUCACACCGUACUCUCAGCAGACCCGAAUGCUCAAACGAUUCUUUGAAAAUGCUCUCGGACCAAGAUAUGAAAACUUUGUGGAAAUCCAUUCUGUUGAUGCAUAUCAAGGGAGAGAGGCGAAUGUAGUCAUCUUUUCGGCAGUGCGAGCAGCGGGAAGUCGUGGAAUUGGUUUCUUGAGCGAUGUGCGAAGGAUGAACGUCGCUUUGACGCGGGCAAAGCAUUUCCUGUUUGUCAUUGCUCGGUGCAAAUCUAUCGUCAUCAAUCCCUACUGGAACGAUCUUGUGCAGCACGCUCGAGAAAACCGCGCCGUGCUUCGAGUACCCAUUCACCAACAGGGAAACAAGAACAUGCUGCCAGUUUUUGGCAAAGCUCAAGAUUGGCAACUCGAGGGCACAGAUCGGCCUAACAUGAGCGAUCCGAAUGCAACGAAUGGAAACAAUGUGGUCGCUGCGUUGGCCGAUCUCGCAACACUCGCUCCUCCCGGCAAGCCAUCCGACCCGAGGCGAAGCAACAGCAACAACAACAGCAAUAAUAAUCAGAACAACAACAAUGACCCGAGGCGAAACACCAACAAUAAUAAUAGUCAGAACAACAACAAUGACCCCAGGCGAAACAACAGCGCCAACAACAAUAAUAAUCAGAACAACAACAAUAAUAAUCAGAACAACAACAACAACAACAACAACAACAACAAUCAGAACAACAACAGGUGCAACAACAGCGCCAACAAUAAUAAUCAGAACAACAACAACAACAGGAACAACAAUGGAAAUGGCAGAAAUAAGAAGAAAAAGAAGAAGCGCAACAAGAAUGGCAACAACAACAACAAUGUCAACAACAACUGCCAAAACAACAACAACAACAUUGCUAAUGUAGAAGCAGCCCUGGCAGACCUGGCGUCGUUGGGAGGCGGUCAGUUCAACAACGGAAUGCAGAGCCAGCAAGGUAGGCCCCCUCCACCCCCACCUCCGUUUCCGAUGCAGAAUGGACCACCGAUGCACCACAACAACAAUAUGCCUCCAGACCCCAGAGCGAACCCAAACCUCGGCCCUCCUGGCAACUUUGGCCCAGCAACCAACGGCAUGGGCCUACCGCCAAUGCCAAUGCAAGGGUACCCCAUGCCCCCGCACCAGCCCCUUCCUGGACGGGGAUACGACAGCAUACCUCCGCCGUAA